AAGGCACCACGGUCCACUUGCUCCUUUUGUCUUCCCAUAUCCACGGACUCUUCACGGCACCGUCACGCCAACCUUCCCUUCCCCCCCUUCACAGCGUUGUACAACGUCCAGCGUCGCAGCGCUAUAUAGGCUGUCUCUCUCCUACACCUACUACUGUACUUUGCUGCUCUCGACGUUUGAACCUUGUUCUAGCCAUCUUUUUCUUCUCCCACGGCGCCAUCCCAGCGAUAUGCGCUCGCCCCAGAAGAAUUGUCUCCUUACUCUCAAGCUUUCUUCACCCUCGUUUCUCGACUCUGUUAUACAGGGUGACCAUGAGAGACUACCGCUAUAUGCUAUCAAGACGGUGGGAACAACGACGGUCAUCACUCGCUCGGAUCCCUGGGCAGGGCCUGUUGAGACAUCGAAUAUAAGAUGGCCUCUUGUGAAGGCCAAGGGAAGGGGACGCAAUUGGGACGGUGUGCAAGUUCAAGUCAAAGGUGGCAGUUGGGAAGACGGGGAACGCGUUCUGAGGCAGGGCUCUAUACUGAGCUCCUCGCCGCGCAAGUUCAAUAUCCCAGGGUACUCCAAGACACUCAAAUGGAAGGCCGUUGGAAGCUGUUAUUGGUGUACAUGUUCAUCCGUAGAAGGUCCGGUAGCGACAUUGGAUCCCGCUGUGGGGUCGGUUCCGCCACGGCUGAAAAUAUUCGAGACCCUUUAUGACAAAUAUGACGCCCGUCCGACCAUUAUGCAUCACGGUGUUUCCUUGCUGCUUCUGGAUUACUUGGUCCUGACGGCGUUGCUUCUCGUAACUGACGCCCAGGAAUGGGAGAAACAUUCCCGCGGUGAAGGGUCAAGCAACACCCGCUGUCCUACUCUCCUUUCAAUCUCCACCACUGGGCUACAUUGGCGAAAAAUAAUAAGUCGUGACCAGCUCUUUUCUAGGCGCUCGGCUAGUAUUACUUCUUCCAUGGACCAUCUGCCAUUAUCCCCUGCAUCAUCGGCUUCUGUUGGACAAAUGGCAAAAAUAGUCUAUGACGAGGAGGAGGAGGAGGAGGAGAACGACUUUGUGACGAGCGCUGUCGAUGUUCCUUCAACCUCACGCGCCCAAAGUCCUUCGGCUGAAUCCGUGUGCUACCCAUUGCGAAAUGUGUCAGCACCGUCUCACACGUACUUGGAUCCUUCGUUUUACCAUGACCCCGACCCACCUCCAGUGCCGCCCCUGCCGGCUCACUUAUCGACUAACCUUUCUCGUCGUGGAUCCUCCAAUAAUCUCCGCAGACUCCCAGCGCCACCACAGCAGUCAGCGCGUCGACCGCAAUCCACGCCACCAGGCGAACUGCGUCGCGCCGCAUCUACAUCGUUCCUCCCAGGCUCAAAUGCUUUUCGGCGUUUACCCAUACCCCCCGGGCGACGCGAUUCCCAGACCCAGGGACAGUCUCUACGAUCCUUACCUCCUACUCCGACAACUGCGCAUCCGCAGAUAAAGGACUCGCAUGAUGAACUUGGGGGAUGGCUGCUAAUGGGCUCACAGGCCUCUGGGUCAAGGGUCACGAUGAUGGAGCUGCCACCUCCUGCAUAUAGUUCCAUUGACUUUGCAGCUGCGGAACCUAGCCAGAGGCCACUACCCCCCGCGCCUAUUAUCUAGUAGGGAUAGACGGGUUCUAUCUCUCUUUAUG